AUGAAAGAAGAAAAAGAAGAAAUGAAAAAGCAGAAAGUGAUAAAAGAUGAAAGCAAGAAAGAAGACGAAGUUUUGUUUCUUCAAUUGGCGCCAAAAGUCCAGAGGCUAUCGGCAUAUUCGCAAUUCACAAAGAUCCCACCAGCACCUCCCAAUUCACCACUGACGAUGCGGCGCAGAUCAAGAGUGAAGGAGCUGGCCACUUGGUUUGAGGAAAAAGUCAUCGUUCGUCCGGACCAGAUUCCCGAGAAAAACCCGAAUCUUAAACCAGAGCAACCGUUAAACUGUCCCAAAACUUACGACAGCAACAACAAUAAGCGAGUCGUUGGAGAAUUGAUCAACUUCUUUUGCAGCCAAGACCCACCACGCCCGCGGCCACAGCCCAUCAGUGAGGCCCGAAUAAACGUUAUGAAUUUGAUUGAAACUUUUGAAAGAAAGACAGAAAAUAGUUCCAGGCAUUAUCCGUUCAUUCCUUUGCAUGUCGAGCGUUUCGUCUGA